CGGACGUUUUGCGUGUUGCUGGCGCGCCGCCACCUCACCGGCUGCACUGGUUUUUCCUGGCCACUGUAAGCGUCCUCUGCAAAGUCAGGUCCGACCUUUGAAUUUAGCGGUGAAUGCCGGAGCGCUGUACGUCACUGAGUAGCGAGCAGAGUGCUCCAGGCCUGGAAACGCGUUUUUUUUUCCGUACAGCAACAUGGCCGCUCCCGUCGACUCUUAGAAAAGGAGAAUUUUUUUUACCCCCCGCUUUGUCCUGAAAGGCGUGUCUUUCAGGAUCUCUGGGUUAGACGCGUGCUGUUUCAUGAAGCAAGUCUGGAAAGUACUGGAAGUACUGGGAAGCCGGCGAGGAUCACCACACAUACUUUAGGGCAAGUCACCUUUCCUGUGUGAGUUUCAGCCUUCCCAUCUACACUUCUAGCUUGCACUCUCCGUUUUAGGACCGCUUCGCCACAAGUGAUGACUCUUGAUAACCCGUGGGCUGUAGCCCGCCAGGCUCCACUGCUCUUGGGAUUUUCCAGGCAAGAAUACUGGAGAAAAGAUAAGUUCUGAAAAAACCUAGUUGCCAGAAGAGGACUGCUCAGAACCAAUCGCAGAUCUGGACUCUUUACCUUGCAGUUUUGCUAGGGGACACUCACCAUUUUAGGAUUCAGUGUCUUCGUGACUUGUAGGCUGUAGACCUACUGGCUAGAGCCAAGUGCCAAGCAGGAGGUUGUAUGGAGGCUCGAGAAACAGGAGGAUCUCAUUGGGAUUCCAGAAAAAAGGAAGAGAAUGUCUGUGGUGCAUGAGCUGUCACCAGGAUGGCUGCUGGAUCACCUCGCUUUCAUUAACAAGAUAAGCUAUGAACUUCACCAGCGGCAUGAGCCUUGUAGUAAAAGCUGGCCCACUUCUUCUGUUCACCUUGAUUCUCUUCACAUGGAUUCUGUGUCCUCUUUUGGAGCCUCUGCUACAUUUGUUCCUUCUACCAGUAAGCCAGAGAAUGAUGAUAGAGGAAAUUGUGAAAUGUUCAUACAGAAAUAUGUAUUUCGAUCUGAACUGUUUGAUGUCAGCAAACCUUAUAUAACUUCCGCUAUUCACAAAGAGUGCCAAGAAAGUAAAGAAAAGGAAGAUCUAGUAAAUGAUGCUAAGAAAGAAAUCUCCAUUUCUAUUAAUGGCAAGAAGCGUAAGAGAUGUGUUGCUUUCAAUCAAGGUGAACUGGAUGCUAUGGAAUACCACAGAAAGAUCAGGGGGCUGAUUUUGGAUGGAUCUUCACAGUUAAUCCAAGAAGGUCUCACAAGUGGCUUUCUUCAUUCAUGUUCUGAAAAACCGAACAAGUGCAGUGAGCCCAUUACUUUACCACUUGAUACCUGUAAUUUGUCAGAAUUAUGUGAAAUGGCAAAGCAUUUGCUUUCUCUGAAUGAAAUGGAACUUCAGACGUUACAGUUGAUGGAAGAUGAUACCUCUGUUACAGAGCAGGAUUUAUUUUCACGGAUAGUUGAGAAUACCUCUAGCUUUACAAAAAUGAUUACUUUAAUGGGACAGAAAUACCUGCUGCCACCAAAAAGCAGUUUUCUUUUGUCUGACAUUUCUUAUAUGCACCCACUUCUGAACUGUAAGAAAACAUAUGAUGUGAUUGUGAUAGAUCCACCAUGGCAGAACAAAUCGGUUAAAAGAAGUAACAGAUAUAGUUAUUUAUCACCACUGCAGAUAAAGCAGAUCCCUGUCCCUAAGCUGGCUGCUCCAAGCUGUCUUGUUGUUACGUGGGUGACAAAUAGACAGAAGCACCUGCGUUUUGUCAAGGAAGAGCUUUACCCGUCUUGGUCUGUGGAGGUAGUUGCUGAAUGGCACUGGGUAAAAAUCACCAGUUCAGGAGAGUUUGUGUUCCCAUUAGAUUCUCCACACAAAAAGCCUUAUGAAGGUCUUAUAUUGGGAAGAGUUCGAGAAAAAGCUGCUUUACUGUUAAGGAAUGCAGAUGUAAAAGAGCUGCCCAUUCCAGACCACAAGUUAAUUGUCAGUGUGCCCUGUACGCUCCAUUCACAUAAGCCACCUCUUGCUGAGGUUCUAAAAGACUAUAUCAAGCCAGAGGGAGAAUGUUUGGAAUUGUUUGCUCGAAAUUUACAGCCAGGUUGGACUAGUUGGGGCAAUGAAGUUCUCAAAUUUCAACACAUGGAUUAUUUUGUUGCUCUGAAGUCUAAAAGCUGACUAGGCUCCUAAAAUUGUGUUUUUCUUCAGUUUUUCCUCACUCCUCCUUUCAUUCUGAUUUAUAUUUUCCUUUUUUUACCAACCAAUAUGCUUAGAGAUGUAAACAGAACUUUGCUUUUCAGCAAAGUGACUAGAAGUGACUGACCGUCAUAUAAUUUCAAGAUGAAUUUUGAAUUAGUGCAACUUCAGGUGCACUAGUAUUCCACAUUAUUCUGGACUCUCUACAAAUGAAAGAGGUAAGCAGUUUGAAAGAAGGCAAGACUUUGUUAUUGAAAAAGUUCAGAAAGCAUGCGUUAUGGACCUGAAGUCAUAAUUCUGCAAAUGGAUGUGUUUUGUUUAGCCCACAUGGUGGUGUAAAAAAAAUUUUGAACCAUCAGAGAAUUUCAGGAAAUAUCACAUACUAAGUCUUUAAUCAUCAGCAAUUCUGGCUACACAAUAGUGUGUACUUUUUCCUGACAUCAGUCUGUGGGACCCAGUGAUGCCAACUCAUUUGGGAAGGGCCGUGUACUCUCCAGUUUACUUCAGUAACCUUGCCCCAUGCCAAUCAGUUAUAUGUUCUGCUUGACUCCUGUACAACCUGAAUUUAGAACUUCUUGUUUAGUGUUACAUUCUGGAAAACAUUCAAAGACCUGUUAAGUACCACAUCAUUGUACUGAGUUCAUGAGACUUUUUUUGGAGGGUUUUAAAUUGCAUUCACGGUCACUUUUCAAGUACUUUUUACUUUUGCUUGUUCCUCUAGAAGGAAAAAAAAAAUUCUUAUAAUGUUAUAAAGUAAACAUUGCUUGGACUUAAUUGAUAUUUAUAGACUAUUCCAUCUGAAAGCAGCAGAAUACGCAUUCUUUAGUGCACUUGGAACACUCUAUGGAUGGAUCACAUGCUGGAUCUCAAAACAAACCUUGGUAAAUUUUAAAAAGUUGAAAUCACAUCAAACGUAUUUUCCAACCACAAUACUAUGAGAUUAGAAAUCAACUACAGGAAAAAGCUAGGAAAAACUCCAAAAACUGUGACAUGCUGAUGAAAGAGAUGGAAUAUGACACAAACAGAUGGAAAGACACACUUCUUGGAUUGGAAGACUCAAUAUUGUCAAAAUUACUGUACUACCCAAAGCAAUGUACAGAUUCAGUGCAAUCCCUAACAGAUUAUCAAUAGAAUUUUUCACAGAGCUGGAACAAAAAUUUUAAAAUUUGUAUGGAAACAUGAAAAACUCAGGAUAUCCAAAGCAAUUCUGACAAAGAAAAAUGGAGAAAUCAGGCUUCCUGACUUUAAACUAGACUACAAAGCUACAGUAAUCAAAGCAGUAUUGUACUGGAACAGAAACAGAAAUAUAGAUCAA